ACCAAGAAUGCUUUUUGGUGCAACAAGUACACAAAGCAAGGAUAAUCACAACAAGUACAAGAAUCACUGCCCUUUUUGGAACGAGCUCCAAGUACGACACCAUAAGGGGAAAAGGUUUAGGCUUGUUUAGCGCUGAUCGUAAGGGAGUUCAGAAAGGCCGUUCACUAAUUUCGCUCUCACACACUGAACACGCUCAAGAUAAUGUCUAAUAAAGGCAAAUUGCAAGAUGAGGCUCUCAAUAAUGAAAAUUCAAAGUCAACAAAUUCAUUCUAUCAUGAAGAGAAUUCUGUGAAAUUGGAUGGAAGUGCUCACGAUCUUUUACAAUUCCGAGAUUGUUGUGAAUCAUUACGCGAGUUCAUAAAAAAUACAUGGCAGCGUAAAAAAUCACAGGAGAAGAUUAAUGCUUCGCAGUUUGCCUUUCUGAUGAUAUCUAUCAAGGAGUUGAACAGAAGAACUCAGUUUAGGAUUCGAAAAUCUCGAGAAAUAACUGCAGAGAAUAAGAAUAAAGUGGAUCAGUUACACUUAGGUUUGCAGAAUCUUUUAUAUGAAGUCGCUCACCUUGAAAAUGAAAUUCAAACAUGUUUAGAAUUUAGGUCUCGACAUGAAGAUAUAAAAUUAAUUCCGGUAGAAGAGUUCUAUGAGAAAACUGGGCGCAAAGUUGGAAGCUUAUCAGAACAUCAGGAGACUUUGGAGCGUCUUCAUUGGGAGCUUGAACAACGAAAGGCUUUAUCUGACUCUUGUGAUAAACUAAAAAGUGCUGUUGAAUCUACUUCACAAACCAUUAAAAAGAAACGGAAUUAUUUAGCUAGUUUUGGUCCAAAGUUGAAGGAUGUUGCUGAAAGUACUUUAAUUAUCCAGGAACUAAUGGACUUACCAUUUACUAACGAGAAUGAACAGUAUAAUUUGGCGUUUCUUCUACCUUCACCACUGUAUAUUCUGUAUUCUCUCUUAAAGUCAUACAUAUCUAUGUCAGGAAAAAAAUCAGAAUUUUCUGUAUCAAUCGAAGGUGAUUCGGAAUUGGCCAAAGCUGUUAAUCAAACAACAGAACAAACGGAAUCCCAGUCUUCACCACAGGAAGCUGAUGAUUCUGAUGUAGAUGAUGGAGAGGGGAAUAAAAAACGCAAAAAGAAACGUUAUGCGACAGAAUGCAUCGAUGAUACAGAUAAAGAGUUUAUCAAUGAAAAGACUAUUAAAUUCCAUCCAUUAACUGUUUUGUUAACGGUUUCUGUCCCUAAAAAUUCAGAUAUACCAUUGAGUGAACGUGGUUUUAGUAUAAAAUUAUCAUUUGCUUGGAUGUUAGAUUUACAUCUGGUAACGGUGAGAUUACAGUUUUCAGCAGACAAAACUGAUUCACUUCCCCGAUCAAAAACUGGAAAUAGCUUGCUUAAUUCUGAACAGCUUUUGUCCAGUUUACAAUGGUCUUGUGACCAACUUCGCUUCGGUGGUUGUAGUUCAGAUAUACCUAUUUUAUUUCUUCCUAAUUCACAAAAAUCGAUUACAUGGAAUGCAUGCGAAUCCGUCGGACGACCAUAUUCGUGGGCUCAACAACUAUCAGGCAUUAACUGCUUUCCAGAUAGGUUAUCUGAUAAUAAAUUAUGUGAACAAUCACCAAAAUCUACCGAUUCAGAACAUUUUGGGGAAAUUGAAUCUUGGUUAAAAUCUCUUCAAUCGCGAAUUAUUGACAGACUAUAUCUUAUUGAAGAGCUUUCAGAAAUUGAACGCUGCAACUUGUUGUUAUCACCCGAGCAACAACAGUUAAUCCCCUCUGAUGUUGAACUUCACAUUAUUCGGUGGAAGAAUUCUGAUUUUGAAACUUUACAGUCCGUUCCUCGUGCUCAGGUUAUGAUAGCUUUAAAUGUAAUUCGUUCUGAAGACUCAGUAUUCCAGUGUCACAUUGGAAGAGAUGAAAACUAUUUUGUCACUGUAUGGGUCUGUAUCCCACCUCAGUAUCCACAUAAAGCGCCAUUACUAAUUAUGGACGGUUUAAUCAAUUUUGUCAGUCCCAGUGGUACACAUAAUACGGAGGAUGUUGUCACUGACUUAUCUGAUCUCCAUAUACAGGAAUUAGAAACUGAAGUCAACUGUUAUUGGCAAGAAUUUUUCACUUCAUCUAUAAAUCAAAAUAAUAGUCAUACGGUUGUAAACUAUGUUGGUAAUACUAAUGAUAUUACUUCUAAUAAUAUUAUAAAUUCCGAUAAGUCGUUUUAUAAUGGUAAUCAGUGUGUCGGAUUAAGUAAAUGGAAUCGAAAUAUAUUAUCUUGUCAGUUAGCUAGAUGUGCUGCUUGUAUCGAUGCAUUAUGUCGUGACCAAAUAAUUUGGAAAAAUUCGUUGAAAUCAACAAACAGUUCAUGUGUUCGUUCUGUUAGGUAUCCAACAAGAAGUCGUCCUCUUCGUUACUUACCUUCACCGGGUGCAUUUGUUCAUCGUUAAUAAUAUCUACAGAUUGUUUUCCACUCAUCUCUUAUUAUUUGUAUAAGUGUACUUAAACGCUUCGGAUAUUUUUGUAAAUCUUUAUUAUUAUUACCUUUCUGUUAAAAGGAAUGUAAUUUUUCCUUAUUGUCUAGUUUUUUUAAAAAAUAUAUAUAUAUGCUACAAUUUUUGUACUGAUAGACUCUAAACUGGAUAACAUUAUUGCAUUUUUAUAGUAAAUCUGAACUAAAUAUACAUUGGUUUGUAUAUAACAUUUUGAUAGAAAAUGAUUGACGUGUCAUUUGUUUUCAACAACAUUGGAAAUGAAUGAAAAGUUCAAUUCCUACUAGGUGGUUUUUAAAUCAAUAAAUAUCCUUCCCUAAAUGUUUAAAUUCCGUAAUAACAUUUGCUAUUUCAGUUAACUAACUUUCUUUUUGUCAACCAAAUUAAGAAUUUUUCUGUAUAUGACCUUUGGAGGUAGAUCAAACCGUGAAUUUCAGUUUAUGUUAUAUGGAUUACUUUUUGUAUCGUUAUCAGUUGAUGGGUCGGUGAUGAAAUUCAUUUAGCUGAUUGUUUUUUUAAAAAAACCCUAAAUUCCAUCGAAUGCUACUGUAUUGAUGUGAGUUGUUUAGUUUGUGUUCAAACGAUGAUCUAUUAAAAUGUUCAUGAGUGGAGAAAAAAAACCAGGGAUUAAAAUCAAGAUAUUCAGAGAGCGUUUGUAGAAUAAAUAAGAAUUAAAAUUUUCAGCAACAGUUUAGAUAUUCAAACAAGUUCCUAAUGGUGUAGUCAAAUGGUUGUUUUGUCAGAAUCGCUGCUUUUUGGAGAGUGAUCUCAUCAACGUUAAGUGCUGAGAUGACGUAGUUCUUUUUGACGAGGAUUUUAAAAUAAUUCGGGUUUUUUUGGGUCUUCAGUAGCAACGCAAGUUUGUUUGAGAUUCAAUUCUGUUCCUCUAAGUUAGAAAUGUUGCUUCAGGACUGGUUUGCGUCAGUGUUUUACAUUUCGUUUUCUAAAUUUCUAGUUUAGUGUAAUUUCAUACGUUUAAUUCAAUGUUAUGUUUAUCUUCCGGAUUAUAUCUUCUAUGUUUGGCAUUCCACCACAGUUAUUAUUUUAGCUUCCUUACUUUUCAGCGCUUCAAUUUAUUUGCAAUGUGUGGUAAAAUGGAUGGUAAUGCACUUGUGCCAGGCCAUGAGUUAUCUAUGACUCGCUAUCUGUCGGGGAUGAAUAGACUUCUGAAUUUCGAUUGUCGUAAUAACUAUUAAUUUUAUGCUUGUUAGCACGUCAUACAAAAGUUUCUUUCAUCGGGAAUCCAUGAUUGCCAUUAGUCGUUAUUAAUCGAGCCAAUAUUGAUAUGAUCUAGUUGCAAAUGACAUUUCCGUGCUACAUGUGUGUUGCAGUGUGUCCUCGCAGUUGAUUUUAUAAGUUCUUGGGUUGUUGCUGCCGCG